AUGUCCACGACAGGAGGUUCGAUCACGAAGACCAAGGAGGGUGUGCCUCAAUGGUCCGGGGAGGCCCAGUCCUUCACUGAGUACGAGGAGCAGUGUCUGCUCUAUGAACAGAGCGUGGAAUACCAUAAAAGGUACAUGGUGGCCCCACGUUUGAUCAGUGAACUCCAAGGACCGGCCAAGAGGCUGGUGAUAGGGAAGAAGGCGGACUGGGUUUCCUUCGCGGGAGGUGUCAGGGUUCUCCUUGAUACCCUGAGGGCUAGCUUGGGCAAGCCCCAAGUGUCGGAGAUGGCGGACUACCUGACCAAGUAUUUCCGCCAGACACGAAGGAAGGCCCAGGAGUCGAUGUCGGACUACAUCACACGGAAGUGUGAGGUGUACCUCAGGGCCCAACAGUCCUUACGGCGAGUUCUACCGCAGCACCAGAAACCCAGGGUGACUUCUAAGACGACGACAACCCCCACCGGGAGCACCCAAGGAGGCUAUGGAUACACCUCAUGGAGCCGGAGGACCAGUGUGGAAUCUACGGAAGGGACUUCCCAAGCCGCCGCUCCGGUGGCAGAGUCAGCGCCAGAGGCUCCAACAGAGGAGGACCGGACAUCCAGCCAGGAUGAUGGCCGUGAGUCGUGGAGCGAGUGGAGCUGGCAACCAUGGGGCCAGUCUUGGAGCGGAGGAUGGCAAGGCUAUCCCUACUACUCUGACUACUACGACUGGUGGAAACGGAGCGGCGGAAGCCACGAGGACAAAGGCAUUGAGGAGGACGUGACCACCGAGAUCCUCCCGGACUUUGUGCAGGGCUGGUACCUGUUGUUCGAUGCGUCCCUGAACACCACGGAGCGCAACCUCAUCCACACGGCGGUCCAAGGGGACUAUUCCCUUCAGAGGAUUGCCCAGGAGCUGCGAUCGCAAUGGGACGACAACAACAUCCGGCAGCGGGACAAUCGGCACCAGACAAGCGACUUGGGUGAAGAUGACGAGGACUACGCCGAGGACGACAUGGAGAUCCAGGAGGGCUUUGCGGCCGAGCAGUUGACCGAGGAGGGCCAAGCCUUGGUUGCAGAAGCCGAGGAGGAGGCCCAAGAGGCCUUGGCUUUGAUGCAGCAAGCACGCCGAACAUUGCGGGAGGCUCGAGAGAAGCAACAUCAGGUGAAGCUUUCGCGCCAGUACUUCCGAUCGGGCGCGAACCGGAGUGGAACUGGCACCUCGAGAGCGAGCACAUGGGCAAGUUCGCGUGGUGCUGGACCCCGCGAUGACAGCAAGAUGACCUGCAUGAAGUGCGGAAAAGUGGGCCAUAGGGCGUCCAACUGCACCCAGAAAGAGCAACAGGCCCAGCACACCGAUGAGACUGAGAGUGCGCCUUUCAUCUGCUUCAGCGAGGCGGCAUUGGCGGCGAACACCAACGAGGAGCUGAUGACCACGCAGGAGGCCAUGAAGAAAGGUUGGUGUGUGGUGGAUGGCGAGGCGACCCGCACUCUUGGAAGUAUGGUUGCUCUUCAGAGUGUGCUCGAUUGCAAUGCAGCCAAUCUGGGCCAGACCAAGCUUCUCAAGGUGGACACCGAGCGAAGACCGACGUUUUCGUUUGGGAAUUCAUCAGAGAACACCUGUGUGAGCACCGUGGAGCUUGGGGUCCAGGCGGGCACUAAGGAGGGCAAGCUCACCGUACAUGCGCUAGAUGCAGGAUCAGGUCCGGUACUUCUGAGUGUGGCAUCGCUGAGGUCGCUAGGUGCCAUUAUAGAUUUCUCAGAAGAUCUGAUGGUUUUUAGGAACCUUGACGAGAAGCGCAUUGUACAGGCCAAGAGGCCCAAACACCUCCCACCGAGCCGGUUUACCAUGAGCCUGAACCAGAUGACCAAGGCGGUGCUUGUGGACCACAUCCGGGCUCACGGAGAGGAACCCCCAGAGGGAUGGACCGUGAUCGAGCUGAAGGCUCGCUUGGCCGAGUUGGACCCCUCCUUGACGGAGGCAGCAAGCCGAGGAGCUCACAAGACCGAGCUCCAGAAGUGGGUGAUGAAGAUCAACAAGGCCAGGGCGAAGAAGUCGGAGAUGAUCGAGUUGUGCGCCAAGGAGCUCGAGCUUCCCUUGACCGGGAACGAGACGGUGAGUACUUUGGAGCGGUUGGCACUCCAACGGGCCAGCGUCAUCACCGAACCGAUGGCGCGCGACACAGUGGGCUUCGGGAAACAUGCGGCACUCGAGUAUCAGGACAUCAACCGUUACCAGCCGGGCUACCGCGAGUGGGUCCUGAAAACAGAUACCGAGGAGACUGGGUGCGACUACCGGUUGCGCCGUCUGGCGCGCUGGCUACGUCAGAACCCAGCCAAGGGCGACCAGGACGAGAACAAGCCAAAGACCCCGGAGCUCGUGAAGAAGAAGGGCGGCAGUCGAGCCACCGGUGCCAAGACGAUCGGAAGCAGCGUGGCAUCCAGCAGCAUGGCCUCGAGUUCCGAGACUGCGCCGCUCACGGUGGACCGGGACAUGAUCGCGAUGCUCCAGAACCUGACGGGCACGAUCCAGCACUUGCAGGAGAAGGUGGCGGAGAUGGAGGAGAGUCGCGAGCGUCCCCGGAAGAAGGACACCAAGGCCAUGUCGGAAGCCACGAGCGAGGGCUAUGUGAAGCCCGAGAACAAGAACUGA